GACUGUGAGGCUCAGGGGGUAGUUUUUGGGGAGCCGGACACCCCACUGGUCAGGACUGUCCAGACCCUGCUGCUCUGCCACUCAGCAGCCACGGAGAAGUGAGCACACCCACCAGGACCCGUCAUCCCAGACCUGCAGCCCCUGCCCGAUGUGGGGGGCAGAGACCCAGAGGCAUGCCCCUGGCCUGGCCACAUCACGCCCCCCUGCUGCUGCUGCUCCUGGCCUACCAGCCACAGGCCUCCUCUGCUCAGGUGAUGGACUUCCUGUUUGAGAAGUGGAAGCUCUAUAGUGACCAGUGUCUUCACAACCUGAGCCUGCUGCCACCCCCCACUGAGCUGGUCUGCAACAGAACCUUCGACAAGUAUUCCUGCUGGCCCGACACCCCCCCCAACACUACGGCCAACAUCUCCUGCCCCUGGUACCUGCCUUGGCACCACAAAGUGCAACACCGCCUCGUGUUCAAGAGGUGCGGGCCUGAUGGGCAGUGGGUGCGCGGGCCCCGGGGGCAGCCGUGGCGCAAUGCCUCCCAGUGCCAGAUGGACAACGAGGAGAUUGAGUUCCAGAAGGAGGUGGCCAAGCUGUACAGCAACUUCCAGGUGAUGUACACAGUGGGCUACAGCCUGUCCCUGGGAGCCCUGCUCCUCGCCUUGGUUGUCCUGCUGGGCAUAAGCAAGCUGCACUGCACCCGAAACUACAUCCACGUGAACCUCUUCGUGUCCUUCGUGCUGAAGGCCAGCUCUGUGCUGGUCAUCGACAGGCUACUCAAGACCCGCUACAGCCAGAAGAUCGGCGAUGACCUCAGUGUGGGCGUCUGGCUCAGUGACGGGGCGGUGGCCGGCUGCCGUGUGGCCGCGGUGUUCAUGCAGUAUGGCAUCGUGGCCAACUACUGCUGGCUGCUGGUAGAGGGCGUGUACCUGCACAGCCUGCUGGGCCUCGCCACCUUCCCCGAGAGGAGCUUCUUCCCCCUGUACCUGGGCAUCGGCUGGGGUGCCCCCAUGCUGUUUGUCAUCCCUUGGGCGGUCGUCAAGUGUCUGUUCGAGAAUGUCCAGUGCUGGACCAGCAAUGACAACAUGGACUUCUGGUGGAUUCUGCGCUUCCCGGUCUUCCUGGCCCUCGUGAUCAAUUUCUUCAUCUUUGUCCGCAUCAUUCUCCUUCUCGUGGCCAAGCUUCGAGCUCGCCAGAUGCACUACACCGACUACAAGUUCCGGCUGGCCAAGUCCACCUUGACCCUCAUCCCCCUGCUGGGGGUCCACGAAGUGGUCUUCGCCUUCGUGACCGAUGAACACGCCCAGGGCACUCUGCGCUUCGCCAAGCUCUUCUUUGACCUCUUCCUCAGCUCCUUCCAGGGCCUGCUGGUGGCUGUUCUCUACUGCUUCCUCAACAAGGAGGCCUUUGAAGAAGCUCCCAAUGGUUCGCAGUUCACAUAG